AUUUAAAUAGUUAGUUUGUAAAGUAUUUGGACAAAUGUAUUGAACAAAAAACCAGAAUGAUUUGAAAUGUUUGACUGCUUCAAUAUGGCAUAUCAAGAUAAACGAAAUGCACUUCAGUUGAACAUAAAAGUAAAUAGUGAAAACUUGUUACCACAUCCACAAAAGUGCAACGCAGGAUCAUUGCGCAUACCAGCUGAUCCAUCAUGGCCAAAAAUACCACAACGCAAAAUAGUUGACGAUUUCAGCGAUACUGUUGAACCUCCAUGUAUAAUCACUUUAACUGGAUCACCAAGAAGAAGUCGUACUAUAGUCCAAACACCAUUAAAUCAAUCUCCUAAAUCUGCAGUGACAAAGGAUAGUGCAUAUUCUUCUUUUAAUUAUCAAAGAAAUACUUCAAGCUCACACACAUUAAAAAGACUCCCUGGCUAUGUCGAUCCUCGGUUCAAAAAAGUUAAAACUAUUAAAAGGAACCACGAUCUACCAGAGACGAGAAUAAACCAAGGAGACAUGGAGACUUUAGACAAUGAAAAAAUGACGAAAAUAGCGCCAGAGAGGAACAUUAAUCAAUAUCAAAUGCAAGUAUUGGAAAAACAGGAAUUAUAUGAUACAAGCAAAAUUAAAGAUCCAAAUGCGAAACUGCUAUCAUCAGGACAAUAUAAGAAUUCUAAAGCAAGUAGGAAUAUAAAUAGCAAUGAAGAAUCAAUGCUGAAGCAACGGAAGAAUGUGAAUAAUAUUUUACAGAAAAGUGAUAAAACUGAAUUUGUAGACAAGAUUGAAUUUAUGAAAAGUAUAAGUUGCAACGAACAUCAAUCGAGGACAUCGAUGAAUGACGCAAAUGUACAGGUGGAUGUAACUUCUUUACAAGUGCAAGAAAAUAAUGGUCAAUUGCUUUUCGUGAUGGACCCAAAAGUACAACCGCAUCCUUUAAAUGCAAUACAACUUGACACGAUCACUGUACCUCAAGAAUGUUUGAAACAGUUCUACAAUGUGCAGGUUCCGAUACUCACUUACAAAAACAUUCCAAUUCCAAUACCUGCUGCAGAGGCUAGCAGUGCAAUGCAACAAUGUCCGUCUAAUUCCAAACAGAAAAAUGAAACUUUAAUUGCAUUUCCAUUAAAAGAAGAAGUAGAACACGGUGUGCAUGCUUCUGAUAAUAAAUCUAUAAAUCAAAUUCAGCAAACAUCAUUGGACGAAGCGAAAGACACACACAAACCAUUAGUUUUAGAAGCCGAAAAAGUCAUAUCUGGAGAAAAACAUACUAGUGAUAGUAAGGCAAAAGAUGCAUUAAAAGUACAAAAUACUGUAGCCAGUGAAAAUAGGAAAAACAUUACACAUUUAUCUAAAAAACUAGAGAGUUCAAAGGUACCUAAAAAACUACAAGAAUCUAGUGAUUCUGAAUAUUAUAUUCCUAACAUAAUUAAAGGGAAAUUUCACAAUAGUAUGUUGCAACAUGCAAGCAUAAAAAAGUACAUGUGUAAUACGAGUGGAGGGGAAACAACAGACUCUGAGUUUAUUUUUUUGAAGAACGUUAAAAAGAAAGAACCUAAUGAUGCGAAUAAGCUUGCAACAAAACAUCACAAGAUUAAUUCAUGCGAUUAUGAAAAAUCAAAUGUUACAUCAAAAGAAAAAAACGAUUGUAUUCAAUCAAAUAAAGGUAUUUCUGUUCAAGAUCAGUCACACCAGGAACAUAAGAAAUGCAAUCAUGAAACAAAAGCGAGAAAUAAAUCAGAACAAAAUUUAACUUCUUCAAGAAAUGAGUGUACAAGGAAACUUUAUAGAAGCUCUGAGCCUCACAUAACAUUCAAGCAGAAGAUAGCACCUAGAAAACUUUCUAGAAAAGCAAGAUUCUAUUUUCAGAAAAAUUCUCACUCUGCGUUAGUGGAUUCUGAUUACACGUCAGCAUGGCCCAAUUGUCAAUCUAAUAAAUAUAGAUGUAGCCAAACAAAUAUUCAAAAACAUAAUAGUCACAGGAUAAAAAAGAUUGAUCAUCAUUCCAAUGCUAAAUUAUCCAUCCAAGAGAACCGUGCAAUUGCACAAGUGGAGAGCAACUUAAAUCCCGUCGAGCAAAGUUUUUUUCAAAGUGAUCAGAACAUAAAGCCGUGUCGCAAAUGUGAAAUAUCUCCAAGAUCGAAUACAAAUGAUACAGUCGAAAGUCCAAAAGGAAUUCCACCCAAAACCCAGGAAUUAUUGAAUAAAAGUUAUUGGGAGUAUUACAAUAAAUUGAAGCACAAAAUAAAAAAUACGGACAGUAUAGAAUCACAAUACUUGCAUAAAUUAACAAUGGAUGUACCAGAAGUUACGAAUGAAAAAUCAAAUGAAGUAUAUGAUAAGAAUUUUCAGAAACAAUUAAACUUGAACCCUGAAUUCCAAACAUUGCAACAAUGUUCGGCUCUGUCUAGCGUGAUUAAUAAAGCAUUAGACGCAAAACUUCAACCAAAUAUUGUGAAAACAAGUCAGUUAUAUCUAAAUGGAAAUAUAAAGUCACCAACCGAUCCCUUGGUUGACACACAAACUACAAGUAAAAAUAAUGUGAUUCCAGACUGGAUUAAUAAUGGUGAAACAGUAUUUCAAAAAGUAAAAUAUCAAAAAGCAAGUGAAAAUGAUAGACAAUAUUUAGAACUUAAAUCCAUCAUCUUUUUUGGUGGCAUGAUGUAUAUCUUAAUAAUAUUUUUACCAAUGUUGUAUGACUACUUCAAUUACGAAGUGUACGAUGAUUAUGAAAAUUUGAGCUACUUAGAAUUCAUAAUGGAUUAUAUUUUAUCAUCGUUCAAAGAAGCAUUUGGUGGCAUCUUCAGUGGUAUAAAACAAAUUUUUUUCUUCCCACCUGCAUGUAAAAAAUGCAACAAUAUCGUAUAAAUUAGCGAUGAUCAUCGUGCCAUGCUGAAGCUUAAAAACUAUGAUUUUAUUGAUAUAAGUUGAUAUCCGUUUUUAUAACAGACACAUGUUUUUAUAAUUGCAUUUGCACCCGUGUACCUGGAUUUUUGUAUUUAUUUACAAUUAAAAUUGUCUUUUAA